AUGAAAGCAAGGAAGGCAGGUACCGGCAAGAGUGGUGGUUGUAGAGUUCUGAAUUCACAACAACAGUCAUGGUGUCGAAGCUCCACAGUAGCAGUGACAGUGGGCGAUGAUGGGAGCUUCGCUGCUUCCAUUUCUGUUUCUGACGAGUCCGAUGAGGAUGGAGGCGAACGUAGAUGGGUACGACGGAGGGAAAAAGUAGCGGUGACGACGAAAUUUUUUUAUGGAGGAAAGAGCCCCGGCGGCCGUAGUGGGAUGGCGACCUUGCUGCCCGGUUUCUCUUCUGCCGGUAACGAAUGA